AUGUCCCUUCUACGCGAGGCGGAGAAGUGCAUAGCUCAUCAACAGGCCCACGGUCUUAAUGCCUUCAUAACCCCAUUACCCCGCGCGGGCCAGUGGUUGGAUCGCGUGAGAGAGGCGGAUCGGCGCUGGGAGCAAGGAAAACAAAAGUCGGUCCUUGAUGGUCGGCUGGUAGCGAUCAAAGAUAAUAUCUGCACACGCGAACUCCCGACCACCUGCGCCUCGGGCAUCCUAGACAAAUUCGCCAGUCCGUUCAACGCGACCGUUGUUGAUCAAUUGGAGGACGCCGGAGCUAUUAUAGCAGGCAAGACCAACCUAGAUGAGUUUGGAAUGGGAUCACACUCGACCCACUCGCGGUUUGGGCUGGUCAAGAAUUUGCGACGCGACAAGGAUGGCCAAGAUCUUUCCGCAGGCGGGAGUUCAGGUGGAAGUGCAGUGGCGGUUGCAGCCGAUCAAUGCUAUGUUGCGCUUGGAACGGACACCGGAGGCUCCGUCAGACUUCCAGCGGCGUACACAGGAACCGUUGGUUUCAAACCAUCGUAUGGUUUGAUCUCGCGGUGGGGUGUCGUUGCCUAUGCCAAUUCUUUGGACACCGUCGGAGUUUUGGGAAGAAAUACAUCUAGUGUUCGAGACAUUUUCUCCAUCCUCAACCGUCAUGAUGAACGUGACCCGACCAGCAUUCCCCCUCUCUCAAGAUCGCGCAUCACUUCACACCUUCAAAUGUCACGGCUUGCAUCUCGAUUGACUUCAACUCCCCUUCGCAUCGGAGUGCCAUUGGAGUACAACAUUUCCGAACUAGCACCGUCAGUGCGGCAAGCCUGGCUAAUGUCGCUGGCCCAUUUACAAGAGCAAGGCCAUAUCAUUAAGCCUGUAUCCUUACCAGCUACUAAGCAUGCUCUAUCGGCAUAUUACGUCCUCGCCCCGGCCGAGGCGUCCUCGAAUCUAGCCAAAUAUGACGGUGUGCGGUACGGCACUCGUCAUGAUGGACCAGACAACGACGGAACUUCCGAAAGCUACCUUUACUCAAAAACGCGGGGCCACGGCUUCGGGCCAGAAGUGCAACGUCGCAUUCUUCUGGGAACGUUCAGUUUGAGCGCCGAUGCCAUGGAUAACUACUUCAUCCAGGCACAACGAGUACGUCGACUAGUCCGGCAAGACUUUGAUGCCGUAUUCCAUGCCAGCAACCCCCUUGCUACGAACGAUCUGGAUACAGGCCGUCCUGGAUCCAGUGACAACGUGGAUGUCCUCGUGUGCCCUACCGCGCCAUCCCCUCCACCCCGGCUAUCUGAUAUAACAGGUAGCUCUGCGGGCGCCUCGCCCUUGAAUUCCUAUGUCAACGAUGUGUUCACCGUUCCCGCCAGCUUGGCAGGUCUGCCUGCCAUCUCCGUGCCAGUCACUGUGGCUGGACCUGACCAGGAUUUCGAUGCGGAUGGGGUCACCGGGAUUCAAGUGAUUGGCCAGUACGGGGAUGAUGGGCUGGUGAUGCAGGUUGGAGAAUUACUCGAAGGUCGCCAGUUCGAGGGCUCGUCCUAG